CACCUACACACAGUAUUCUCUGACUGUGACGCUCAGAGGACAGAGAGAAGUCAGGUACUCUGGAGAGAAACACCUGGUGACGUAAUAAGAGUCCUGCCCACUGUGUGUGUGUGUGUGUGUGUGUGUGUGUGUGUGUGUGUGUGUGUGUGUGUGUGUGUGUGUGUGUGUGUGUGUGUGCAGUUGGAGGGUCACAGACUUAGCGCUGCUCAGUCUCUCACAGAGUGUGAGCAGAGCGGAAGCACGCGCUCCCCCAUCAGUCUACCGGACAGCGGAGCAGCAUAGUCCACCUAUCCCAACACCUUCACCCCCUCACCACCCAUCUGGCCUCAUUGACCCGCUGAAGGACGACAGGGAGAGGGAGUCCUGCGGAGAGCAGCAGCAGAGUCUCGUGCGGAAUUCUUUUUCUUCUUCUCCUCUGUUUUUGUUUAGAAAGUAAAGCAGUGCGCGCACAGAUGAGUCACCGCUGGGGGGUCCACGUCAGUGCGCGGCUCUGCGGGUCUGCAGGGUCUCUGCCCGGUCCGCGUGCCUCGGUCACCUUCUCGACGAUGUGUGGUGGUGACGCGCGCGGAGACGAGUGCGCGUGAGUGACGGACAGAGCGUGUGUGUGUGUGUGUUUGUGUGCGUGAGUCUGUCUCAUGCAGGAUGUCCGCGGAGCUCCGGCUCCAGCUCAGCCGGUCUUCAUGACGCUGCGAGCGGCCUCGUCAUGCGUCUCGUGCCCGCUCCGCGCGCUCAGUCUCUCCGGCUGCUCUUCCUCUUCCUCUUCGUGAUGGGGGUCGCCCCCUCCCCCGCGCUCACGGCCGGAUGUCCGGACCGCUGCGUGUGUGACGACCAGCUGGUGGUCCAGUGCGCGGGGCAGGACCUGCUGCAGUUCCCCGCGGACCUGCCGCUGGCCACGCGGCAACUCAUCCUCUCCAACAACCGGAUCGGUGACCUGCCCGCGCUGCAGCUCAACUACCUGUCCGACUUGGUCUACCUGGACUGCAGCAACAACUCUCUAAGCGAGAUCUCAGAGUCAACAUUCGGGAACCUGCGGAAGCUGGCUUACCUUGACCUGUCUUUCAACGUGCUGCUGCAGGUCGAGGACCGGACGUUCGGUCCGCUGGCGUCUCUGGUGAUGCUGCGGCUGACGGACAACCCGGGGCUGGCAGAGAUCCAUCCGGACGCCUUCUCGGAGAACCUGGCCCUGCAGGUCCUGGAUGUGAGCCGGAAUAAUCUGACGGUCCUGAACAUCAGCAGCUUGAUCGCUCUGCCCGCGCUGCGCUCCCUGGGACUCAGCGGGAACCCCUGGAGCUGCGACUGCGACACUGAGGACCUGUGUCUGUGGGUCCGUAUAGAGGGCUACAAGUUUCAAGAUGAAGGUCAGACAGUGUGUAGCAGUCCUCCUGAGCUGAUUGGUCAGCGGUUGGCGGAGGUCGGUAUGCAGCUGCGUGCCGACUGUCACCAGGGUCUGGGUUAUUGGGACUACCUGUUCUUCAUCGCCAUUGGCUUUGUCAUCUUCUCGGCGGGCACAGUGUCUGCAUGGGUGAUGGGCGUGCUAAUGGUGCUGUACGAGCGCUACACCAAGAGGAAGAGUGAGGAGCUGGACAGUGACGAUGAAGAGGAGAGAGGAGGGCUGGGAGGAGGAGGGGGAGGGGAGAACCAGGAGAACGGAGAUCUGAACAAACCAAACAUGCAGGUGUGAGGGACUGAUGAACUACAGGAUGAGGACACAAGGACAUUAGGACAUGAGAAAACACGGACAUAAAGACACAAGGACAUGAGGAUAAAAUGACAAAUGAAAAUGUGGAUACGAGGACAGAAGGAUGUGAGAAAAGACAUGGAGGACAGGGAGACCAAAGGCCUGUCUCUCCCUCUUUGUGAGAGUGAGACAGUUUGUGAAACUCUCACAAUGAAAAGAGCAAUUAAGAUUAUUGACAGCAAUAAGUACACACACAAACACACAAACAUACACACACACAUGCUGAAUGUAAUAAUAACUAAUUAACUGUAGUGCUUGUUCAUCAUGAUGGUUCUCUGUGGAGGUCUGAUAACAGUGUGUGUGUGUGUGUGUGUGUGUGUGUGUGUGUGUGUGUGUGUGUGUGUGUGUAAACAGGAGAAUCUGAUCCCUCUGAUGGUCAGUGAAGGUAUCAUUAGUCAAGGGUUUAUUUUCUAAUGGAUUCAAUCCAUCACUAGAUGAUGAUGAUUUGUUCUCAAUGUAUACAUAAAGUGUGCUUAAAGAAUUCCACUAGCAGUCUUCAAAGAGCAAAAGAACACCUGUUUUUACCUGCAUUCAUGUACGGGUGUAUUGAGGGGUGUGUCUGUUCACCUUGAUAUCAUUGAAUGUUGCAGUUAUGUUUCAACACUUCUGACCUCAGUCAUCAUAAGUCAGGUUUUUAUCCAGAUGUCGCACAAAUUUUAUAUGAACUAAGAGUAAAUCAGUAAAAACAAAUUGUGAAUUAUUUCAGGUUUCUACAAAGACCCCAAGAGGCAGGGGUGGUAAAUAAUUAAAAAUGUAAUUUCA